CCCCCACCUCGGCAUCUCCAUCUCCAUCGCUAUCCGCAUCAACGCGUUCUUUCAAUCUCUACACACACAUUUCAACAUGGCAGACACGAAUCAACCGCAAGAGAAGAAGGAGAAGUUUGCGCCAAAGGAGCCGGUGCAAUUAAACCCCCCAAAAGACGACAUAAUCAGCCUCGAACACCUCGCCAAAUGCAACGGCGAGACGGAAGGAUAUCCCACUUAUGUCGCUAUAAAGGGAACUGUGUUUGAUGUGAGUGGGAAGGAGACUUACGCGCCUGGAAAAGGAUACCAUGUGUUCGCCGGCAAGGAGCCCAAUCGAGCUCUCGCCCUAUCCUCUCUCAAGGAAGAAGACGCUGCUCGUUCUGACUACGACGAUCUCGACGCGGGCCCCAAGAAAGUGCUGGACGAUUGGUACACUUUCUUCAGCAAACGAUACAAUGUUGUUGGGAAGCUUCAGAGUAGCUCGAACCUUUGAUCGAGAUAUUGGAUGGUCUGGAGUCGACUCCAGUACAACGUGAGUACAGGCUACAAUGCGCAGUGUACCCCCGAACGACAUACUGCGGGGACACCUUGACACCCAACGACAGACUUCAUGGCUACAUUAGAUAAGACACCUCGAGGUAUUGCGCAAGCACCGCACCUCUCUUGGCAAAGAAUUAACCUCCUCCAAUGGUCGAGGUCAUUUGGAAUACUGUAUAGACAGUCCGUUGAACGCGACGAACCUUGUUCCAUAGCUAAACAUCAUUCACAAAUUCUAGCCGCGCAUAUGAUGCUAUGCUACAUUAUAGUGGAGUCGGACUUUUGCACAUAAUCAUCAUCAAUUUUUAGCACAACUCUUCUUUGCUCAAUCGUAUGAUUAUACGUAAGCUGUUCAACAUUUGAU